GCUGUCAUUAAAAAUUAAACAUAACCUCAUAUUUUAAAAUGUCUCUUCGUAACACAUCAAUUUUAGUGUAAAACGAUGAUUAUUUAUGCAUAUUUAAUUGCACCUUUUACUUUUUGUUUCUUAUGAUAAAAAAAUUAUUGAUAAUUUCAUAAAGUUACUUCCUUUUACUUAUUUACACAAAAAACUACAUUCCUAAUCAAAAUGUACUUAAUUCUGUUACACUUAACUGCUGUACUUAGUAUUUCUUUCUCUUACGCCUCCGAUUGUGGUUGUCACCUCAACAGAAACUCCCAGUGUUCAAACGAAGAACCGCACAACAAAUAUUCAAAAACCUUCAAUGAGGGGGGCGACGGAGAAGUAAAAACAUGUACGACUUUUGAUAAGAGUGACAUGGUUUUAAUAGAAGCUGCAAGUUUCGAAAUGGGGACUGAUAAGCCAGUCUUUGAGAGUGACCAUGAAGGGCCUGUUAGAAACGUUUCAGUUGAUUCCUUCUACUUGGACAAGUAUGAAGUCUCGAAUGGGAAAUUUAACGAGUUUGUGCAAAAGACAGGCUACAAGACAGAGGCCGAGCAGUUUGGCGAUAGCUUUAUUUUUGAAAUGUUGGUUCCUGAGAGUGAGAGAGAAAAGUAUAAGGAUUUUAGGGCCGUGCAAGCACCUUGGUGGAUCAAAAUGAAAGGGGUUACUUGGAACCAUCCAGAGGGGGAAGGUUCCACAAUCGACGAUCGACUUGAUCACCCUGUAAUACAUGUCUCAUGGACUGAUGCUAAAAAAUAUUGCGAGUUUGUUGCUAAAAGACUUCCAACUGAAGCCGAAUGGGAAAUGGCGUGUAGAGCCGGCUUAAGGCAAAAGUUGUAUCCCUGGGGCAACAAACUCAAUCCUAAAGGCGAGCACUGGGCCAACAUUUGGCAAGGAGAUUUCCCGUUAACUAACACAGCAGAGGAUGGAUACUUGUCCACAGCCCCUGUUGAUAGUUUCCCCCCCAACAAAUUCGGGCUCCAUCACAUGGCCGGGAACGUCUGGGAAUGGACACAGGACAACUGGUUAAAUGACCUUGACGCGAAAGUGAAGAAAGGGGGUUCCUAUCUCUGUCAUGAAUCUUACUGUUGGAGGUAUCGCUGCGCCGCAAGAUCUUUCAAUACCAAAGACAGUUCAGCCGGAAAUUUGGGUUUUCGAUGUGCCGGUGAUGUCAAAUAAAGUCUCCAAGAAUUUGGCAGUGAAUAACAAAUCCAAGUACUUAAAUCAUCCUGCCUUCGAGUCUUCCAACUUAUCAUUGUUUUAUAUGAUAUUUUAACAAUUUUAGAAAUAUAUUAUGAUUUAAAUAA